CUGUGCCCCAGUUCUGUAACUCCCCAACGGUGAUUGUGAUGGUAGGAUUACCUGCCAGAGGGAAGACAUACAUCUCCAAGAAGCUCACUCGCUACCUAAACUGGAUUGGAGUUCCCACAAAAGUAUUUAAUGUGGGCCAGUAUCGCAGAGAGGCAGUCAAAACCUACAAGAACUUUGAGUUCUUUAAACCUGACAAUGAGGAGGCCAUGAGGAUCCGCAAGGCCUGUGCUGCAGCUGCCCUCAAAGAUGUCGCUGCGUACUUCACAAGAGAACAUGGACAAGUAGCCGUGUUUGAUGCUACUAACACCACAAGAGAGCGGAGGGCUGUCAUCAAUAGCUUUGCAAAGGAAAAGGGCUAUAAGGUGUUCUUUGUAGAAUCAAUCUGUGACGACCCGGAAAUAAUCGCAGAGAAUAUCAAGCAAGUCAAAUUUGGCAGCCCAGAUUACAUCGACCGUGACGUAGAAGAGGCGAUGUCAGACUUCAUCCAGCGCAUCGAGUGCUACAAAGAAAGCUACGCAUCUAUAGACGAUGAGAAAGACAGGAAACACUCCUACAUAAAGAUCUUUGACGUGGGCAGUAGAUACUUGGUGAAUCACGUCCAGGAUCACAUUCAGAGCAGGAUUGUCUACUACCUCAUGAACAUCCACGUCACACCGAGAUCCAUUUACCUGAGCCGCCAUGGAGAGAGUGAACUAAACCUGUUAGGUCGCAUAGGCGGGGAUUCAGGUUUAUCACCGAGAGGACUGAAGUAUGCUGAUGCUUUAGCUACCUUCAUCAAAGGUCAGAAUAUUAAGGACCUGAAGGUGUGGACAAGCCACAUGAAGAGGACUGUCCAGACUGCAGAGGCUCUAAGAUGCCAGUACGAACAGUGGAAAGCUCUCAAUGAAAUAGAUGCUGGUGUUUGUGAGGAGCUAACCUAUGAGGAGAUUCAAGAGAAUUUUCCUGAUGAGUUUGCGAUGAGAGACCAGGAGAAGUAUCGUUACCGCUACCCUAAGGGUGAGUCCUACGAAGACCUCGUUCAUCGUCUGGAGCCGGUCAUCAUGGAGCUGGAGAGGCAGGAAAAUGUCCUGGUCAUCUGCCACCAAGCUGUAAUGCGUUGCCUUCUGGCCUACUUUCUAGACAAACCUGCAGAUGAGCUGCCUUAUCUUAGAUGUCCCCUUCACACAGUGCUUAAACUCACACCAGUUGCCUACGGAUGUAAAGUUGAGUCGUUUUUUCUGAAUAUUGAAGCUGUCAACACACACAGAGAGAGGCCUACGAAUGUCAACGUCAGCAGAAAACCAGAGGAAGCCCUUCAGACUGUCCCUGAUCACAACUAAAGAUUUGGGGAUGAAAACUGACUACAGCUUUGCUGGGCUGUUGCUGGAUUUUGAAGCAUUACUACGAAUAUGUCUCACUAAAUCUGAGAGCUCAAACAUGUAUAUUGAAUAUGUUAAUAUGGAAUGAAAUGUGCUGCCAUUGCAGUAACUAACAAAGGCAACACCUUUAGCUGUGAAUUUUCUUCUGUAUUACCUGUUUGGAUAAGAUUCUUCUGCCUAAUGAUACAUAUUUAGAGUUAC